GUGUGUCUUUCAGCUGCGGCGGCUCCUUCAGCACCCUGAAAAUACCUCCCUGUCCCAGAGCUGUCGCGCGCUCCGGCCUCGCCAUGCUCCUGCUGCUGGGGCUGUGCCUGGGGCUGCCCCUCUUCUCGGAGUCCCAGGAAGAGGCGCGGAGCUGGGAUGACGGCUCGGAGCAAGUCUCGCUCAGGGUCCCCAGGCAACUCAGGCUGUUGCAAAGGCUGAAAGCCAAGCCCUUGAUGACGGAGUUCUCCGUGAAGUCUACCAUCAUCUCUCGCUAUGCCUUCACCACAGUCUCCUGCAGAAUGCUCAACAGAGCUUCUGAGGACCAGGAUGUUGAGUUCCAGAUGCAGAUUCCAGCAGCAGCUUUCAUCACCAACUUCACCAUGCUUAUCGGAGACAAAGUGUAUCAGAGUGAAAUUACAGAGAAAGAAAAGAAAAGCCGUGAUAAGAUAAAGGAAAAAAGAAACAAAAGCUCAGAAGACAAUGAGGAGAAGGGGACGGACACGUUCCAAGCUUCUUUAGUGAUUCCCAGCAAGGACAAAGCCGCUUUCCUCCUCAGUUAUGAAGAGCUUCUGCAGAGAAGGCUGGGGAAAUAUGAGCAUAUCAUCAGCGUGCGCCCCCAGCAGCUGGUGGGGAGGCUCACUGUGGAAGUGAAUGUUCUGGAGAGGUCGGGCAUCGCGGCCUUGGAGGUUCUACCUCUUCACAACAGCAGGAAGAAGGGCAGUGGGGUGGCAGAAGGUGAUGUGGGUCCUCCCCCUUCUACUGUCAUCAACCAAAAUGAAACCUUUGCCCAAGUUCUUUUUAAGCCUACAGUGGUCCAACAAGCUAAGAUUGCCCAGAAUGGAAUUUUGGGAGAUUUCAUCAUUCGAUACGAUGUCAAGAGAGAGCAGAGCAUUGGUGACAUCCAGGUUCUGAAUGGUUACUUUGUGCACUACUUUGCUCCUAAAGACCUCCCUCCUUUACCCAAGAAUGUGGUUUUCGUGCUUGACAUCAGUGCCUCCAUGGUGGGAGCGAAACUCCAGCAGACCAGGGAAGCCCUUGUCACAAUUCUCAAUGACCUGCGACCUCAGGAUCACUUCAAUAUCAUUGGGUUUUCCAACCGGAUUAAAGUGUGGAAGGACCACCUGCUACCUGUGACUCCUGAUAACAUCAGGAAUGGCAAGCACUACAUUUACCACCUGUCACCCACUGGAGGCACAGACAUCAAUGGGGCCCUUCAGACAGCCAUCAGACUGCUCAACAAUUAUGUGGCCCAGAAUGACAUUGAAGAUCGGAGUGUGUCCCUCAUCAUCUUCCUCACGGAUGGAAAACCCACCUUCGGGGAGACCAGUACCCACAAGAUUCUCAGCAAUACCAAGGAAGCCACUGGAGGUCAGAUCUGCAUCUUUACCAUUGGCAUCGGCAAUGAUGUGGACUUCAAAUUGUUAGAGAAACUUUCUCUGGAGAACUGUGGUCUCACACGGCAUGUUCAGGAGGAGGAGAAGGCUGGAGCACAGCUCAUCGGGUUCUAUGAUGAAAUCCGGACCCCACUUCUCUCUGACAUCCGCAUAGAUUAUCCUCCUGAUGUAGUAGAGCAUGCCACCAAAACCCUGUUUCCCAACUACUUCAAUGGCUCCGAGAUCAUCAUUGCCGGGAAGAUGGUAGACAGGAAAUUGGAUCAGUUCCAUGUGGAGGUCACUGCUAGCAACAGUAAGAAAUUUGUCAUCCUGAAAAAAGACAUCCCCGUGGAGUCCCAGAAGCUGGGGAAUGAUGUCACGGUCACCCCUGGGCCUGCCAGUGAUGGGGAGGAGGACCCCAACCACAUUGAGCGUCUUUGGAGCUACCUCACUGUGAAGGAACUACUGAGCUCCUGGGUGCAGAGCAGCAGUGAACAGGAGAAGGAGCAGCUGAGGCGGAAGGCCCAGGCUUUAGCCUUGAACUACCACUUCCUCACCCCCUUCACGUCCAUAAAGCUGAAGAAGCCAGGGCUCCACCCAGACAGGCUGGAGGACACCCGCGGCAUGUCUGCAGCCACAGGACCCGAGACCGUGGUGCAGAGCCUUCGAGGAGCAGACGUGCAGCCAGGACCUGCUCUCAAGAAACCAUAUGGUCCAAGAAUUAAAAUCUCUAAAACAUCAGUGGAUGGUGAUCCCCAUUUUGUUGUGGAUUUUCCCUUAAGCAAACUCACUGUCUGCUUUAACAUUGAUGGAGAGCCUGGGGACAUCCUACGGUUGGUCUCUGAUCACCUGGACUCUGGGGUGACCGUGAAUGGAGAGCUUAUUGGGGCCCCAGCACCUCCAAAUGGUCAUAAGAAACAGCGCACAUACUUCCGGACCAUCACCAUCCUCAUCAACAGGCCAGAGAGAUCUUACCUCGAGGUCACCCCCAACAGGGUCAUCCUGGAUGGCGGAGACAGGCUGGUCCUCCCCUGCAACCAGAGUGUGGUGGUGGGGAGUCGGGGACUGGAGGUGUCAGUGUCUGCCAAUGCCAAUGUCACGGUCACCAUCCAGGGCACCAUUACCUUUGUCAUCCUCAUUCACCUCUACAAAAAGCCAGCACCCUUCCAGCGAAACCACCUGGGCUUCUAUAUUGCCAACAGCAAAGGCCUCUCCAGCAAUUGCCACGGCCUUUUAGGUCAGUUCCUGAACCAGGAUGCCAAACUCAUAGACGCUCCUGCAGUGCACGGCAAGAAUCUUAGUAAUCAGCCAUUUCCUCAGAUAGAAGGGAUACCUGAGGCUGUCAUCAAGGUGAAAGGGCGCCGAGUCCCAGUGGUCUGGAAACAAAGGAAGAUUUAUAAUGGGCAAGAGCAGGUGGACUGCUGGUUUGAUAGAAACAAUGCCGCCAAGCUGAUUGACGGGGUGUAUAAGGACUACCUGGCAUCUCAUCCAUUUGACACGGAGAAUACACUGGGCCUGAGGAUGUCCGGGGGAGCUGGGACUGGCAGUCUUCAUGAGGAGAGUGUCUAACAGGGAAGCAACUUGGGGUCUACUCUGAAUGCAGCUCUGCAUGCUACCUGUGCCUGCAUUGGCUCUUGCUGUGAGCUGCACUGUGUAUCCUGCCCCCUGGUGGAGUGGAGGUCCAAUGUCUGCUAGAGCAAUGAGUCAGGAAGCUGGAGUGAAAAUACUACCUUCUUCUUCCCCUUCCUACCUUCCUCAUCCCAUCUCUACUAGACAAAAAUGGUAGCACCAAGAGGAGAGGAGAUCUAAUUGAGGAAAAAUGUGCAGCACCUGGCUUGACCUGGCUUAGUCUACUGUAAAGUAACCCUUUCUGAAAAAGCAAGGUUGCCAUGGAAUUUGUUUUCUCUGUAACAGUGUCCGAGUUGGGCACUCUGCUUUUUGUCUUUUUUUUUUCAUGUGUAUGAAUCUCUCUUUUCAGUUGCCUUCCUCAGAUGGUGCUCUCAACUUCUUCUCUCAAGGUUAUUGACAUCAGGGCCAGGCCACCCAUCCUGCAAACCAGCAGUCCACACAUUGGGUCACUUUACAUGACUAAGUCUUUUCUUAGCAGAAGGGUUUUUUGCUUUUUUUUUUUCUGCUCUGGAAUCUUGCCUCUAAAAAUUAGUUUUCAUUGUAAAAAUUUGAUUGAAAAAUAGAACAGUUAAUAUCACAGAUUUGGAUCUCUUUCUGAUUGGCUUUACAGGCCACUUGACCUUGCUGGUGGGUGCUUCCCAAUUUUAAUAAGAUAAGUGCUUUUAAUACAUAGGAAAACUCCCUGUGGAUGGUCUUUACUGGCCUGUCUUGGUGCCAGAGGGCCAGCUAGUUGAAAGAUAAAUCUUUUACUCUGAGCACGUCGGCUUCUGCUGUAAGUCCAACACCUUCUGGUUUUGCCUUUGGGUGUCCAGGAAAUAGUAAAUUACAUGAGAACAGUGCUGGCGUAAGAGAGAGACCGAGCCUAGACUGAGCUGCUCUGCCUCCCUGUGGGAAGAACCAACUUUUACAUUCUCAGAAGGAAGUGGAUUCACGCCUGCAAACAUGGCUGCCGCACCAUGAGCCAGCGGCAGCUUUGGCAUUCUGCAGAAGACAGGGCCCAUCAGUAUUCCAUCCAUGAUAGGGGAGGGGUCAUGAAGCCCCACUCCUGCCUAAAGAGCUAUGGGCAGUUAGUAAUUGCCUGAGAAAGGGGUGUCAUGUUCCUCGGUUGUAAUAUCUGCUGGUACGUUGCCCUGGCUCAAGAAAAUAACCCCCAAUUUACAGCAAGCACCCCAAUUGAAUACAGUAAAUCACAUACACAUUAGAGACAGGAAAGUGGGAAGGGACUCAUGGGGCUGAAGGAAGCCAUAAGAGAAGAUCAUGGGAGGUGGUGGAGUGGGAUCAAAGAACCUUAGUUAGGGAUAUGCCUGAAAUUGUGAAUGAAUGCACUAAAUAAAAGAAAAUCUAAGAAGACAUUUCCACAUCUCAGAUGGGCACAAGUUAGGAGAUCAGUGUGUGUUUUGGUUGUGGUACUUAGAUGAAUCUAACCCCCUAAGGAGAAGGUUACCAUCAGAGGAGGCUUCAAAAGAUUAGCAAGUGUGACUUCAUUGUGACUCUCUCCCUUAAGCCUAUCCAUCUCAUCCAAGAGCAAGGAAGAUGUGGGAGAGCCUGGAGCCUCCAUUCUUCCACUCCGUGACAUUCUUCACUGUGCUUGGGCUUCUCGGGGCUGGUGUGUGAGGGACCUGCAUGGAAACAGGUAAACAGGAAGUGAUAGCAGCGAACUACGGAGAAAGGAAAACAAUCAUGCUUGAGGGAAACGGAGUGAAAGGUUCUGUGCUGUCCCCACAUAAGGUUUCUUCCAUCAGGCACCAUGCCACAGCGACCUCUGCGGUGAAAUGGCAAGGCUGCUUGGCACUUGGAGAAAAAUUGGCAUCAAGAAAAUUGUUUUCCUUCCUGUGGGAAGCAUUUGAACAGCACAAUGCCAUCCACAUGUUCCUGUCUGACCCAGCAGCCUCAAGAGCCAGCGAGGGCUUGCGUGAGUUUCUCUCUCUGUGUGAACCCACCAGGCCACAGCCGGUCAGCUGUGCUAUUUAUCUGACUCCCCAUGUUCCCAGACUCAUCUGUCCGUUUUCAGGCCAGGAGUGCAAAGAUGAGCAACCCAUAUGGCUGCCAGAUGUUUCCAUCUUUUCAGGCUUAGAGAAAGAGAGGAUCUCAGCCAGGCCUAACCAAUGCUGGUCCCAUGCGUGUUCCAGAGACCUUUCUAUUACAUAAAUCCCAGCUGGAGACACAACUCUGGAGCCGUGGGUGGGGGUGGAGGAUGGGUGGUGGAGUGAGAGAGAGGGCAACUCACCAGCCCUCUGAGUUACACUCAGAGCUGUGAUAGGGGUAUGUUGUUCUCAAUGCUGGUUUCACCGCCAACAGAAGGGUAUCACGAGGUACCCAUCACUCACUCUCCUUUCUAGCUGAGAAAUAAAUUUAAAAGGUGACAUAUUUUUCUUAACUCUAGACAGAUAUUCCACAGCAGUGUUCUUGUUCUCUCUCUCUCUCUCUCUCUCUCUCUCUCUCUCUCUCUCUCUCUGCAAAAAGCAUUACUAUUCAGUGAUCUAAAUUAUCCAAUAUAGUUAGAAGUCCUAUUUGGCACCCCAAACCACAUACCAACAGGGAUGUUUUCAUUUAACUGGCUGCCUGUGUUGUGAGUAGAAACAUCAAGGAACUGCAAAGGAAAGGUCUGUGUUUUCAAAAGGGGAAAUAGAGGCAGCUGAGGCACUUUCUUCAAGUUAUAUAGAUGUAAAGUAGGGGUAGAGCUGAACCUGCAGAAUUCACAUGUUAGAUUUGAUGGUUUUUCACCAUCUGGUCAACCAUUAUUUUCCUUGAACAUUUUGUAAAAGAUAAAGUGGGAGGUUACUAAAUAAGCAAUUGACUGGGUUGGAGAAAAAUGUUGAAGUUAAAUGAGAUAAAUCAAGUUGCUAUUGCAGUAGGUUGAACAAAGUCAUGCUCCAGCUUCCAGCUCCCUCCCCGAACCUCCCCCGCACCCUGCUUUUUUAUGAAAUGGGUCAUUUUAAAGAAUGUCACUAAAAUUUCA